CGGCGAAGCUGUCCUUUUGUAUUUAAUUUUUCAUGGGAAGGACGAGAGCAUUCCCGGUUGGCUGCUGUUCCUCAGGUCACCCACACUUCGGCGGUGUCUUCCUCCGCUGCGCGCAGCGAAGAAAGCUUGUUUUCGGGGGGUAGCGGGCGGGAUAAAAACCGCUCUGGUACAGUGCUUUUAGGAUGGAUCUUGACGGCUGGGUGCGGCACCGAGCGGAUGUCAUGGCCGCUUACGACACGGCGCCGGCGGCGGAGCUGCGACCAACCCCCAUCGUCAUGGGCGGCGCCUCGUCCCCUCUGCCGGGCCUCAGCCGGUUGUCAGCUAAGGUGUGCACAGUGCUCCUGUUCCUGUUCGUGGCGGCGUGGCCCUUCGCGCCGAUCCUGGUGCACUGGAAGCCGUGGGGGUCACAGGCCACGCUGGCCUUCCUGCUGCUGCUGCUGACGCUCGCAUGGGUGCUGGUCGCCCGGUCCCACUCCAUCUUCGCCGCCCUGCUUUCGUCGUGGCUCACGCUGGCCCUCACGGGCCUGACGGCCUGGGAGUACACCACGGAGCAAGUGCGCCUUCACCAGUAGUGUUAUCACGAGAAACUCUUCGGCCGUUCACAUCGGUGUGUGUUUGGUGUGUAAUUUCUUGGUUAGCAUCGACCGCGGCUGGCCAAUGAAAAGACGUUAGCGGGAUUCAAACAGAACACUUUUUCUAUUCAAAAGAGUUGGGGGGGCGCAGGAGUUGGACGACAGAGUUGUGCUUCUUCUGAAGUACGAGAGGGCUCAAUGCCAAAAGACAGCAUUGUUGCUGCAUCAUCUCGCUCUUGCAUGCUUGCGUCAGUUUGUGCGUUGCGCGCGCAAGUCUUUCUUUUCCUGCCUGGCAGGGUGUGUCCUUCCUUCUUCUCCCUCCCCUGGCGCGUGAGGGUUUGUAGAAGAAACCGUUUUUUUUUGUUGAGGAAGUUGUGUUUUCGCGUGUUGUAGUAGAAGCGUGUGUUGGAUUCGGCGCCUCAACAUCUGUGUAGGUUUUCUCACGCGUGUAGGCAUACGCGUGCGUGCACUCCCAUCAUGUCUCGUCUGUCAUCCCCUUUGAGAGUACACCCAAUUCGCAUCACGACGCGAGGGUGCUUUAUGUUCAGUCCUCCGGCGACUUGCUCGCGUGAAUCUGACAGUGCCGCGCGGGGCGGGGGUACAGACACUCACUGGCAGCACGCGUAAUGUAGAACUUUACGGGAGGCUUUGCGUCGUCGCCCGCUUUGUUAUUUCGGGCCCGUAAGGACGCGUUUGGGAUGGGUGUGUGUAUCAGUACCCGUAUGUACGUUACCUCUGCCUGCGGUAGAAGGUUGAUAGAGGAGGGUUGUUUUUAGACGCUGGUUCAUGUUGCUGGUGCCGUGGUGGGUUGGGCAUUUUAACGGUGCUGCUGUUCAUUUCAUGACGCAUCGACAGCGAAGGAAGGCAUGUGUUCCCAUUAUUCGGGCGCAUCUUUUCUCUAAGCGUAGAGAGGUAGGCGCGGGUAGCUCUCCGCAAAGCGACAAAUAAUGGAGGUUGUUGCCUAGAGAGUCGAUGAGGGCAAAGGAUGUUAUCACCCGUUUUUCGAUUUCCUACCACUCUGAUGUAGUCUGCUUUGUUCAACCCUUUUCGUUUGUGUUAACCCUGUCAGCAGGUAGCUUGUACUUCAGUGAUCGCGAGUAAAAACGGCGGAGUGUCAGACCGUCAGGCUGAUGACGAUUGAUUGUGAUCUUGCUCUGGGGUCUAAUACUGGUAGCUGCGGUCGGCGGCACCUGUCUGUGUGUUCGUGUGUUUUUUUUUGCUGGUUGAAGUUUGGUUUCAACACAACAACCGUUCCUUGGAUGUAUGACCUCGUGCUGUCAACUCAUCAAACCUGGUUAAAACCAGUUCUAAGC